AUGGAAGCCAUUUUCACAGUCAGAAGGAUUACAGACCAAAAGACCAAGUUUGGCCGUGGUGGCGGUUUUGCCACCGCCAUUGUCGAUGAGGUCUCAGACUUCCUAGAAGCCGUACCUGAAGUAGAACCCUACGCGCGGUUAAAAGAAGCAAUCUUAAGGAGAAUGGGCCGUACAGAGGAGUCAUUAAUCCGGGAACUAUUUAGCAACCUAACUUGUGAUGGCAGGACUCCCUCCCAACUUCUUCGUUAUAUGAAAAGCCGACUCGGCAAAAAUACCAUGGCUGACUCUAUAUUAAAAAGCUUGUGGCUGGACCGUCUCCCCACCACCAUAACCCAAAUUUUUGCGCCAAUGUCCGAAAACACCUCGAUCGAUCAAUUAGCGGACGCUGCGGAUCGUAUUUUCUCGCAACUGGAUAAUCAGACAACGCCGGUACACAGUGCUGAAGCGACUGGAGACCACAGGUCCUUGGAAAAAACAGUCGAGGAAUUGCAGCUUCAAGUUAAAGAUUUAACAUUAGCUCUAAAGAGCCGUGGUCGAAGCCGGUUCCCUUCCCGCCGGCGCUUCAGAAGUCGACCACGCUCGUCCAGCCGAGAUAAGGAUGCCACUCCUACUAUGUGUUACUACCACCGAAGAUUUGGGUCUAAAGCUUAUUACUGCAUCAAGCCGUGUACUUAUACUGCGGUCGCGGAAAACAAAACCGCCAGCGAGUGA